CUCGAUCGCUCGCUAGCAGCCGACGAUUGAUUGCAUGGACAGGUUUUUCAGAUUCAUUGGAGUGGCCAGGCCGUCUCAGGGAGUCCAAAUUGGUCACUGCAGAGAUCUCAGUUUGAGGCUCAAGACGGCCCAAAGAACGGGUCCUGUUUGGACCGCAGAUGGCUUUGGGAGCCUUUUCAUGAAGGCCGAAAGUGCGCGAAAGGUGAUGGCGGCAACGACCUGGUGAACAUGCAGUAUUUAAGCUGGCCAGUUUGACCAGGGACUUCCAGAAUGUGGCCUGCGUGCAAAAGAAACCCAGCAAUCUGCCAUCAUGAAGCGACGGACACUGUUGACCUCGGCUUAGUGGCUUCUGUUUCUUCGGUUCCUUUCGGAGACUUGGCCUUUUAGAACGGUUUUGUCGCAGCCCUGGUUGUAACCUUUGAGUGCAGGCUACGGCGGCUACGCUCGACGCAGGCAACCUCGUAUCCCUAAUGGGCGACGAGUUGCUUCUCGCGAAGGAGGAACUUGAGCUGCUGUGGAGGACAACGCCUUUGAACAGAUACUUCUUGCCCAUCGAGGAGAUUCGCUCCAAGCCGCCGGACCAUCGCCCCAGCCCGGUGGUUGUGAAGUCCAGCGAACCUCCGCGCUGUUGUCCGAAAGCCAGCACAUCGAGGGCUGUCAGGCUGUUGACUCGCUGGGCGUCGGUGCCGUCGACAGCUUUGCCCAGUGACCAGAGGCGGAAUGGCGAGGAGGAGGGCGAGAAAGGCGCUGCUCCAAGGCCCGCCGGAGAAGCCGCCGGAUCGCCCCGGACGUCUCCGUUGCCUUCUCCCGCCCUGAGGUGGGAGUGUCGAUGGCACCGGCGCCCAGGAGCGGCCACGCAACGUCCAAAGCUGACAGCCGAGGGGAAGGAGUAUCCCUUCAUCCCAUGCACUUGCUGCGAGCGCAAGUCACCCAUUCCAAGGCUAGCAAAGCUGGAGCUUGGCCAAAAGGCCAAAGCUGCCAUCACUCUUUACGCACGUGAGGCCUGGGUCGAGGGCUGAGCAGUCGGACCGCGGGACUGUAGCGCCCAAAGGGACUACACUGAGCCCUGCUGAAGGAGGCGAAGUCAAAGUUUGGGCCCAAAGAGGCAGUGAUCAGAACUUUGUUCAUCAGAUGAGUCACUAGGC